AAUAACUUUAGCUGGCACUAAUGCUGUUGAAUGAAUGAGAGCAACAGUGCAACUACUGGGACUGGGGUGCUGUCACUCAAGACUGCGAUGGUUCAGGGUCAAAGUGCAGCCAUAAUCGUGAAUGAUUCAUCAGUAUCUGAGGAGUACGAGUGACGAUGGGGCAAAACAGCAGUGUUCCAGUUGUUGGCCGCAGAAAAUCUUUUCGGAACAGUUGGCGAUCUCCUUUUCCACCAAGAUGUCGCUCUCGGAAAGGAAAUUUAUCUGCAACUUUCAAUGUUUUGGAUGUAGAUACGAAGAUUGACCAACUUAAUGUAAAUAUUGCUAGUGAAGAAGAGCUUAUGACUCUACCGGGAAUAUCCCGUAUUGAUGCUCACUGUAUUGUGGAAUAUAGACAAAGGCUGGGACGGUUUAAGAAGGUUGAAGAUCUUGCUUUAGUGUCAGGAAUUGGAGCUGACAAGCUUUCUUCCAUAAAGCCUGAGAUCUGUGUUGGUCCCCGUCGCUCUCCUAGCUGUGCUUCUUCUCGGGCUCAAUCUGUUGAUAGUCUACCAAGUGUGGACAAACCUUCACCACGACCGUUGCCUCUAGUUAAUAUAAAUUCAGCAACAAUAUUUGAACUGCAAACUAUCCCUUGUUUCACUCAAGAGAUUGCUGCUAAUGUAAUUGAUUAUAGAGACAAGCAUGGUAACUUUGCUAACUUGGACCAACUAACAAAAGUUAAAGGUAUCAACCACAUAAGACUGGGAGCGGUUAGAUCAAGGCUCACCAUUGACACAGAACAAAGUUCUGCUCCUGUUCGUAAUGGCUUUCCCCCAAUUUUUAAUCUAGUCCAAAGUACACCGAAAGGAUCUCCGAAACUGCCAUCGAGCCAUUCUUCACAGCCCAUUGCAAAUGGCAAAAUUUCUGGCCAUCGUAAAACAAUGUCAGUUCCAAUUAAAUUUGGACCAACAUCAAAUGGAGUAGCUGUUCGUGACAUUUUGGAUAUUUUGUCUGCUUGUUCACCAAGACCAAUUGUUGAAGACCAUUUUGAUGGAAAACGAAAGGGUAGACCAGCCAUGAGAAUCGCAACAUGGAACCUCAGUGGUCUUUCCAUAGAAAAGGUUGAAAAUCCUGGUGUAAAAGAAGUUAUUUGUCGUACCAUCCUAGAAAAUAGGUUUUCUUUGGUUGCCCUCCAGGACAUCCAGAGCACUGAAGCCCUAGAAAAGAUUUGCAAUGAACUAAAUUUCCCCACUCUGCGUCGUGUCAAGGAGUGGAAGGAGAAUUCACAUUCAUGGCUCCAUCAGUGCUGCAAAGGGCUUGGCUUUUUGUGGGAUACAAGUGAUGGUAUUUCUCUGUCGACUGUGAAUAUGGAAAAGCUACCCGGCCUGGAAGACUCACCUGAAGUUCUUCAUGCAGUUUUCAAGAUUGGUGGUCUCCAGGUAUCAAUUACAAAUGUGAAUUUUGAAGAAACUCUCCAGUGUGAUCCAAAAACAGACAUUCUCAGUACAAUCUCCAAAGAGUAUUUAAAAGAUGAAAGUAGUAAUCAGAUAGUUUUGGGUGAUUUUUCAUUCUUUCAGGACAGAAUUGAAGAAUGUGAUGAUGUAAAAGAUUUCCAAGCAGUUUUACCAGCCAAAAUAAGUACUAACAGCAUUCCACUGAAUCACCAUAGUCUUGAUUACUUAUUCACUGACAAUAUAUUCCUUAACAAAACUGUUAAGAGUCAAUAUACUGAUAUGAGUGGUGUAGUCCGACAAGGGUUAACCCACCUAGCUAUACCCCGUAGUUGGUCUUGGGGUGGCCCAGCUAGUGAGCACUGCCCUGUUUGGUGUGAGUUUUAUGUAUCUAAAAAAGUACUGUCCCCUUGUGCUACCCGCAAAGGUUGACAGGCUAGAAGUUAAAGACUAAAAAAUAACAAUUUUCAAUGAAUUAAGUAGUGUUACGACUGCUUCAAAUGCCCAACUUGAGUUUCCUUGUGCAAGUGCAAGAUCAUCAAAGUUUACCUGCAAAAAGGAGAAAGAUGCUUUUAUCUUAUGAUCAUAUUAUUGCUGUGAUUUUUGAGGCAUGAUAGUAACUAAUUUGUGGCCGGCCUGAGACCUUAAAUGUGUUCAUGACUUCAGCUCCUAGCUGUAUGUUUUAAAAUGCAGCUGCGUUGGCUAUCUUCAACUUUCUCUCUGGAACACGAGCUCUAUUUUUACAGCAAUCUACCACUACUUUGACAUUAUGAAAGUGUUGAAGGGAUGUGAUAAAUAUUAUUUUCAUAAAUUUCGUAAAAUUGUAAGUUAGUAACACUUCAUGAGCCUUUCUUAUUGUUCACAAGAAGCAAUUAUGUUUAUUUAAGGUCCAGGUCUUAACAUUGUUUUCGCAAUGUCAAGUGACUAUACGGGACAUCUAAGAAAACCUUCUGUGAUUUCAAAAUCCAAUUUUCUUGAGAUUGAUUUUUGUUUAUUUGUUUUUAAGUGUAAAUACCACUACUUUUAAUAGCAUCUGAUUAUCCUAUUCUGCUUUUCUCUCCAUCUGCUCAAUUUGUUAAUACUAGUCUAGGUAUUAGAAUAAUAAUAAAGUAGUCCUGUAUUUUAUUUAGAUAUUUAUCUCAGAUUUUGUUAGUUUACUUUAACUAAAAAUGAUUUUCUUUAAGCAUAUCAUUAGUUCUAUUCCUGUCUGUUACCUUUUCAAAUGAAAUAAUGUAUUUGCAAACUGAUUCUUUCCACAAGCCAAAAGUUUUCAGUUUAUCAGUGGGAUGUGCGGAGCGGGCUGUUCCAUAACAUGUAAAUAAUGUGUUUAAAGAAAACUUCUCAUGCUCAAUUCUGUGUAUCAACAUGGACGCUAGCUCUAAGGCUUUAAGUUACCAAUGACCUGUGCCUAACUAAGUCAUAGAAAACAUAAGAUAGUAUACCUCUUUAUACCAUUUUGAUUGCUGACACUUGUGAUCUAGAACUGGUAUUCAAUAAUCCUGCCUUUGGAGAAAUUUUCUCCUGGAAUUCCUUGAAUCAGCUCUGGAUUAGUUUUAAGCUUUUAUGAAAUUCACUCUGCGGUAUGAACUUUUCCCUGCAGAUCAAAUUCCAAUAAAUUCUUUACAUGGUACUUAA